AUGACGCAUACCAACGUCAAGCGAGACAAUAGAAAGCGCUCGCGAAGUGUUUCGACCAUGUCGAGGAAGAGUCCUGUCGAGAAGGCAGAAAAGUCAGACAAGCCCAAGUCCAGGACCGGCGUCAGAAGAAAACCGGUCAAUUGGACCGACACGAAGAACAUGUGGCUUCUGCUGGCCGUCCUCCGGCAGAUCCAGUCGCCGAAUAUCUGCUUCGAGACGGUGUCGAAGGAUAUGGGAUCCGAGGAGUUCGGACCGGCGCAGUGCCGCCGCCAGUUUGAAACACUCCAAAAGAUAGACGCAGCCGUUGCGAAGGAACGGGCCAAGAAGGAGAGCAACGUGGAUGUUCCCGUCGUCCAUGUCGAGGAUAGUCGACACGAUGAGUCGGUUGGAUAUUCACCAGAACCAGUUCCGAUUACUCCUGUCGUCAACCGGAUUGACGAGGAGUUCUUUUGCCCGCAGACACGAACAGAUGCAGAAGUUCGUUCAGAGAGCAGCUUUGACAACUCCUAUUCCACUCCGAGCCUAGGAUCAAUGACCGAGCCUCCCAGCCCUCUCUCCAUGUCCUACUCCCAAGGAGGAUCCUCCAGCGACUCACGACCUGUCACAAGCUCCUCGAUGCGCCGUGUCGUGCCAGAAGUCCAUGUCAGCAGCCAUAUCACCACGUCCCAAAGACAGGAUUACCCGCGCGAGCGUCGCAAUGCAAGGCCAGCCCAGAUAUCAUCCCCUAAUCGGGUCCAGAGAGGGUCGAAUCCGCGACGGAAUCGUGAGAUAAGGGAACCAGGCUACCAUGGAGUAGCUAAGCAGCAUUAUCGAGACCGUCGGCGCUAUAAUCGGGGAAAUUCCUACCGGGAGGUUUCGCAUCGGGAGCGGCAUUGA